AUGGGAUAUUCUCUUUCUCUUCUCCGCGUCACUUCGCAAGAAAAUUACAUUGUUAUAAUGGACUCCGAAAAAUUACUCAUUGUACUUACGAUUACAACAUCGCCUCUCGCUAUCUGCUCCUCACUUCGACUCUCCCCUGCUCGCCGUCGCCUCCCUUGUGAAGCCACCGGCCGGAGACAUUCGAUAGCCACAACUCCGUCGCACCCAACCCCAGCGAUGUUUGGUCGUAAAACAAGCUUCAAUAGGAGGCGUAGAUUUUUCUUCCUCCGUAAGCUGCGUACUGCUACUACACAACCUCGAGCUUCCCUUAAUGGCGACAGUAGCAGCAGCGGGUCUAAAGGUAAAGGUAAUCCUUUUCUGGUGCCUGGUGCAACGGUUGCAACUAUAGCCAUGCUUGGAGCUCUUCAUGCUAGACGAAUGUAUAGUGAUAAAAAGCUUGAAGAGGCUAGAGAGAGUGGCAUUGAACCCGAGCUCCAACCUGAUGUAAAAGCUAAAUUCCUGAAUAUGUUACCUCUACGCUCCAUUUCAAGGUUUUGGGGUCAUUUGUCUGGCAAGGAACUUCCAGUUUGGGUGCGUCCAUAUGCUCAUAGAGCUUGGGCUCGUGCAUUUCAUUCAAACUUGGAAGAGGUGGGCCUGCCUUUAAAGGAAUACGCAUCACUUAAAGAUUUUGUUAUUCGCAGACUGAAAGAUGGUGCUAGGCCAAUCAAUUCUGACCCACACACUCUGAUGAGUCCUGUUGAUGGUACUGUGUUAAGAGUUGGAGAGCUGAAAGAAGGGGUUAUGAUUGAGCAAGUUAAAGGCUUCUCCUAUUCUGUAUCUUCCCUCUUAGGUGCACGUUCCUUACUCCCUCUUAUGGCACCACCUGCCCAUGAAGAUACAAGUUGCCAACAACAAAACAAGCUCAACAGCAGCAGCAGCAAAUCAUGGUGGAGAAUUUCAUUAGCUUCACCAAAACUUAGGGAGCCUUCUUCACCACCCAGUCCAAUGAAAGGUCUCUUUUAUUGUGUUAUAUACCUGACGCCAGGAAACUACCAUCGAAUUCACUCACCAGUUGAUUGGAAUGUACUUGUUCGCCGCCAUUUUUCUGGUCGGCUCUACCCUGUUCAUUCACGUGCUAUCAGGACAAUAAAAAAUCUUUAUGUUGAGAAUGAAAGGGUUGUCCUAGAAGGUAGAUGGCAAGAAGGUUAUAUGGCAAUGGCUGCAGUUGGUGCAACAAAUAUUGGCUCCAUUGAGCUUUUCAUUGAACCUGGUUUAAGAACAAACCUACCAAGAAAGAAGUUGGUCCAAUCAGAGGCCCCUCAAGAGCGGGUGUAUGAACCUCAAGUGAUGCUCAAGAAAGGAGAUGAGGUAGGUGCGUUUAACAUGGGAUCAACAGUGGUGCUAGUUUUCCAAGCACCCACAACUUCACCAUCAUCAGAAUUCAGUUUCUGUGUUGAAAAAGGCGAUAAGAUACGAAUGGGAGAAGCUCUAGGACGUUGCCAUUAACAGCUGUAAUUAUUGAUGCUGGUGUUUAUAUGGAUUUCAUUGCUAUAUUAUUAUUAUUGAUGGCUGGGAAACAACUAUUUUAGAAGAGAUGAGGACAGAAAAAGCUAACCAGAUGCCCUUUGGCCCUUGCUACUUAUCAAGUUUUGAUUUCUUUAUUAUUAUUUUUUUUACUUCUCUUUUGUUUUACUGAACCCAUA